AUGCAGCGCGCUCUCUCCUCCGCAGCUCGAUCCUCCCUAUCCUCCCCUUCUCCAUACUCCAGAUCAGCCGGCCGGAGUCUGCAACAACUGCGCUUCGCUCACAAAGAGCUCAAGUUCGGAGUAGAAGGAAGAGCCCAGCUGCUCAAGGGUGUCGAGACUCUUUCAAAGGCUGUUGCAACAACACUUGGUCCCAAGGGCCGCAAUGUCCUCAUUGAGUCAAGCUACGGCUCACCCAAGAUAACCAAAGAUGGUGUUACUGUCGCCAAAGCAGUCACCCUCCAAGACAAGUUCGAGAACCUCGGAGCCCGUCUCAUCCAGGACGUCGCCUCGAAGACGAACGAAGUCGCAGGUGAUGGUACCACGACCGCCACCGUGCUCGCAAGUGCCAUCUUCUCCGAAACCGUCAAGAACGUCGCAGCUGGAUGCAAUCCUAUGGACUUGAGAAGAGGCACCCAGGCGGCAGUUGACGCAGUCGUUGACUUCCUCCAGAAGAAUAAGAAGGACAUUACCACCAGUGCCGAGAUUGCUCAAGUUGCUACCAUUUCUGCCAACGGAGAUACCCAUGUUGGAAACCUUAUCUCCAAUGCCAUGGAAAAGGUCGGCAAAGAGGGUGUGAUUACGGUCAAGGAAGGAAAAACAAUCGAAGACGAACUCGAGGUUACUGAGGGCAUGCGCUUUGACCGCGGCUUUACGUCACCGUACUUUAUCACCGACACCAAGGCUCAAAAGAUCGAAUUUGAGAAGCCCUUGAUUCUCCUUUCCGAGAAGAAGAUCUCUGCUGUGCAAGACAUUAUCCCCGCGCUUGAGGCGUCUACCCAAAUGCGCCGACCUCUUGUCAUCAUUGCCGAGGACAUCGAUGGCGAGGCAUUGGCUGUCUGCAUUCUCAACAAGCUUCGAGGACAACUUCAAGUGGCCGCAGUCAAGGCUCCCGGCUUUGGAGACAACCGCAAGAGCAUCCUUGGUGAUAUCGGCAUCCUGACCAAUGCUACUGUCUUCACGGAUGAACUCGAUAUCAAGCUGGAAAAGGCCACCCCUGACAUGCUGGGCUCGACCGGCAGCAUCACCAUCACCAAGGAAGAUACCAUCAUCUUGAACGGUGAAGGCAGCAAAGACGCCAUUGCCCAGCGCUGCGAACAGAUUCGUGGUGUCAUGGCUGACCCGUCCACCUCAGAAUACGAGAAGGAGAAGCUACAAGAGCGUCUUGCCAAGCUGUCUGGCGGUGUUGCCGUCAUUAAGGUUGGUGGAGCUUCUGAGGUUGAAGUGGGUGAGAAGAAGGAUCGUGUCGUCGAUGCUCUGAACGCUACUCGCGCCGCCGUUGAGGAGGGUAUCUUGCCCGGCGGUGGUACUGCUUUGAUCAAGGCCGCUGCAAAUGCCCUUGGUAGUGUCCAGCCUUCCAACUUCGACCAACAGCUCGGUGUCAGCAUCAUCAAGAACGCCAUCACACGUCCCGCCCGGAGAAUCGUUGAAAAUGCCGGUCUGGAAGGCAGCGUUGUCGUCGGCAAGCUUAUGGACGAAUUCGGUUCCGACUUCAACAAGGGCUUCGACUCUGCUAGUGGACAAUAUGUUGAUAUGCUGAGCAAGGGUAUUGUCGAUCCCCUCAAGGUCGUCCGUACCGCACUCGUUGAUGCCUCUGGCGUUGCGUCGCUACUGGGUACCACCGAAGUUGCCAUCGUGGAGGCACCGGAAGAGAAGCCUGCAAUGCCUAUGGGUGGCGGUAUGCCCGGCAUGGGUGGCAUGGGCGGCUUCUAA